CUCUCGCCCCCAGAGUUCGCCAAGCCGACCACUGGUGUCGGGUGCUACAAAUGUCACUCUCGGAACGGGAGUGAUGUCCACUGCGGUGACCCGUUUCACCCUGCCUUCAAUAUGGACCGCUACCACAUCAAGUAAGUGUGACGUACACGUAAAAGCGAACUCUCUAGACGUGUAGGAGUUACAAAAUAAAAUUGGUUCAAAUACAAGUAAUAUAUUUUGUGUUGUUGGCCCAAAUAGAUGAUGUCAUACCAGUUAGAAACUUAACAGCGAGCACGAGAUGGUAUUUACUGAAACGAACUGAUAGGAUCUAAUGAACCACGUGACAUCAUUGGGGGGGGGGCAGGGAGAGGGAGAUAUUUAUUAUAGAAACUCAAUAGCACCUGGGGACUUAGUACUGAGCGAUGCAGUAGAUUGCUGUCAAUAAAUAAUAGAUGUCUGCCCUGACAGGUUCUACACAGACAGUAGUCGUGGGAAUAACGUAUAAGCCAGGGGGUGGCCCGGCCCGUUAAGUACUUCGUCCCACGGAUGCCCGAUUUAUAAAAAAAAAAAAUAUAAAAAAUUCGAUCUUCAUCUCAGAGAUCGAUUUCGAAAAUAUAGUGAGAGAAAAGAUAGAAUAAUAUCCCAUUCUUUUAGUUAGCUUUUAUGUGCAUUAAGUAUCAAUGAUAAUAAUUCUCUACGUAACAAUGUCAGUCACUCUACAAGAGGGCCCUGAUUUCACUAAAUAAACUUCCAGAUAACUGCGUUACAUGAGAUUCUUAACAAUACCACAAGUGCAUUUAAUUUGGUGGGUAAUAUUUUUUAAUUUUAUUUUAUGGAAAUAGUCUCUCUUUAAACAUGGUGUAAUACAGUGGUUCUCAACCUUUCUAAUGCCGCGACCCUUUAAUACAGUUCCUCAUGUUGUUUCCACCCCCCAACCACAAAAUUAUUUUCGUUUCUACUUCAUGACUGUAGGAGUAUCCCAAAGGGGUCGCGACCCACAGGUAGAGAACCACUGGUGUAAUAAAUCUAUGGUAUAAAAGGGGGUGUUACGUUAUAAUAUGAUUAGAUUUCAGGUGAGGUGGCGUACCGGAGUGGGGUUGCACUAAUUAGGAGUCUAAUAAACUGCGUUACUUCAAUUAUGUUUUGUUACUUUAAUAGAUUGGAAAUUCACUCAUUUGGGCCGACAUUGUUUUUACCCGGGGGGGGGGGGGGAUAAAGCAAAAAGAAAAAUAGUUUUAAAAAGAAUUAAGUUGCUUUUUUUUGGGGGGGGGGGUGGUGGAGGUACACCCAGAACAUAGGUGGACUUCUAAAAUAUUCACCACAAAAAAAAAAAUAAAUAAAAAUAAUUAAAGCUACAAGUGUCAAAUUUUCACUGAAGGUAGAUGGAUGGUCUUUCUACUGUUAUAACACAUAAUAUUGACAUUAAAAACGAGUCCAUAAUAGUGUGCUCCCAUUAGGAACGAAAUAAAAAAGAAAAUGUCACGCACCAAAUUGGCAGGUCAAACAAAAAAAUAAUGUUUCAGAAAAGUUUUAAGCUCAAAUUUCUUAUGCUUUUUUUUAACAAAUUGGUUGAUACUGAAAGAGUUAUUAAUAAUUAUUUUAACUAAAUGUUCAAAUUUUGUGAAGCAUGCAAUAUUUAAAAAAAAAAUCUAAUCAAAAUGACCCCUUGAGUGUUAAGGACGAUAUUUAGCUUUCACUUUUGACUCUUCUAACCUUAACUUCAGCCUUUUUCUGGCUUUCUAGCUUCUAAGGACUCAGUCAUUUGUUUUUGUACAUUUGAUAUCUGCUUAACAUCCGACAUAAUGAAAUAGUAAAUAGAUGAAUGUAAACUAACCACAGGACAGCUUAAAAAAUCUUAGAGGAGCCGCCUCCAAUGCCUUGCGUCCAUCAUUGAAAAGAAGGGUUGCUAGUCCAACAACAAUGUUGACAGCUCUAAAACCAUUAUAAUUUUUUCUGGAGGGCACAUUUCAAUAUAAUACUAUUCAUCGAUUCGUCUGCAUAUUGGGUAUAACCAUCUAAACAUUUACUAAUAAUCCUCGGGUGGAAAUGUUUCUAAACGUGGCUUUCUUAUAUCCAUUUCUACUGAUUCACUGUUAUUAAAUUUAAAAAAAAACAACAUUGAACAACUAUAAUAAUGAAAUGAUUUUCAUUGUAUUCACCUACAUUUUAAUCUGCAUGAGAAUCACUUAGACCUAUUACAUAGAUGUCUUUGAAUUUAUUUUCUUACCUGUUCGGGGGUGGGCGUGGCAUUGGGUGUGUCCAGUCUCCAGACCACUACACUUGGGUAUUUAGACAAGUCAUGCACAAGUCACAAGUGUCUUUCAUCUUUAACGAUUCAAAUUCAACAGAAACAGAGUGAUUGUUUUGAUAAUUUACAUUUAAAACAUCCUUAUUAGGUCCAAAUAAUUAGAUUUAUUGAAUCUAUUUCCAUGAAAUUUUAGUUUCUGUAACCUCCUGAAUAUUUGUUAUCACUAUAAGCAAUGUAUAAAUACAUUAAACACAUGCCACGACAAUUGUUAUAGACACAAAAUGUUUUGUUUAUUUCUAUGGAAGCCACCGUGUUCAAAGGGACUGAUCAUUGUAUUAAACAAUUAUUUGGGAGGUCAUCGUUGUUCAAAAAAUUAAUUCAUGGAAAGUUUUUUAUUUUUUUAUAUUUUUUUAAAUGUGGUAAAUUCUAAUAUAACCCUCUGUAACAAAAAAAUUUAAAAAAUACAUAAAUUAAAUAAUAAAAUAUAUGUCACAUCUCAAGAACUACUUAACCAACAUAGGAAAUAAAUAUACAUCCGAAUAAUAUUGAUUGAUUGAUUUGAUAUUUAUAUCGCGCCGGUAUCCAUGCCAUUUUAGCAUGCUCACUGCGCUCUGGUCCUCCGAAAUCUAUUGAAACAAAAAAGUUUUAAUUGUUUCUUAAAUGAUUUUUUUAUCAUUUACAAUUCCCCUCAAAGAUUGAGGCAAACUGUUCCAUAAUUUUGGCGCUAUCGCUUCAAAAGAGCGCACUCCAUAAGACUUUUUUCCUGUGUUCAUCCACACUAAAGGAACUCUCAGUAAGUACUGUGUUGAAGACCGUAGGCUCUUCAAGGGUACAUGUUUAUAAAUCAGUUCCUUGAGAUAUUCCGGUGCUGAGCCAUCUAUGGCUACUACCAAAUCGAAAAUCGUAUUAUUUCCACACACACAAAAAAACUCUCAGGUUGAUGCGUCAGAAAUGAGGUGAACCUUUAAUAAAUUUAGAAAAAUUUUAAAGAAAUAAAGCUUUCCAUUGAUAGCAAAUGCAACUAUACAACGUGGUCGGACGAUUCCAAGUACAUGAAGAAAUCUGUAAAAAUUAAAAACAAUGAAUUUUUACCCAUUGAUAGGGUUAACAAAAUAUUUUACAAAAUUUUCUAAUAUCUUUAAAAAAUGUAUUUAAAUAAAAAAAAAAUUAAAAAAAAGUAAAUUUAAUGUAAAAAUAACUACAACUUAACGUCGUUGCAGUUCUUGAAUACAUCUAACUCAUUACAUUCAACUCCUUAUAUUCAAUUAAUUUGUUUAAAAAAAACUCUUUUCAUCGUUAUGCUGUGUACUUAUAUUAACAAGAAGAAAUCAGUAGUGGAAGACAAGGGGCGGGGGGAGGCACCAUGUUACCGCACCAAGUGACACCAACCCUAGCUAAGCCACUGUUAAUCAUUACUCUCUAACACCCACCCCCACCACAAAUAACAUUGCUCUCUACCACCCCUACCCAUUUAGCACAAUAUAACAAAAGGAUGCCCCCCCCCCCCCCCCCCCUACCCUAGCUAAGCCACUGUUAAUCCUUACCCUCUAACACCCCCCCCCACCACAAAUAACAUUGCUCUCUACCACCCCUACCCAUUUAGCACAAUAUAACAAAAGGAUGCCCCCCCCCCCACCCAUUUUUAGUAUGAAACUGUCCUUAAGAUGUGAUUUUAGUUUUGGUAUCCAUUAAAUAGUCUCAGUUUUUAUGCCUCGUAUUAGAACCUUUUAACUCAUAAUAUAAAUGUGAUUCAACUGAUUUAAAUCUCUCCAUGCCCAAGGAACUGCUCGACACAGCCGUGGCCUGGGCCCUGCAACCUCAUCGGCCACGGGUUGGCCUAUUAUAUUUAAGGGGCCCGAUGCUCCUGGACAAUUAUUUCAAUUUUUAAACAAAUAUUUCACGGUUCGCCUCCCACAGAUUUAGCUGCUCCGAAAAGAUUUAUGUAUGUUUACCUUGAUUUAAUAGGUACAUAGGUAGUUUUGUAGGUAGGUAGGUAAGCACUAUUGUAGGAAGGUAGGUAUGUAGAUAGGCAAGAAGGUAGGUAGGUAGGCUAGCAGGCAGUUAGUUAGGUAUGUAGGUAGGUAGAUGGAUAGGUAGCUAGGUAGGAAGGCAGAUUGGCAGGUUGAUAGGCAGGCAGACAGGCAGGUAGGUAGUUAGGUAGAUGGGCAGGCAGACAGGCAGGCAGGUAGGUAGACAGGUAGGAAUCAGGCAAGCAGGUAGGUAAGUAAGUAGGUAGGCAGAUCGGUAGGUAGCUAGGCAGGCAGGAGGGUGGUUGGAUGGACUAAUAGAUCAAUGCACUGAAGGCAUCUGACGCUAAAAAAGCUAAAACAGACGGAUAGAUGGAAGUUUUAUCGAAUAGAAAAAAAAUAUGUUUUUUUAUUGUAAUUUUUGCCUUUACUAAGUGACUGACUUAAGGGAGCUCUGUUUCGUUACCAGCCUAACAGACAAUCGAACAACAUCAGAAUAUUUUCGAUAGCUAUGUCAAUGUUUGUUACUCCUUAUCCUCAGAUGUGAACAAGGCCAGGAUAGUCGCAUUGGCCUGUUCCCAGCCAGGUACUGCAUCAAAAUCAAGGGAACUAGCUGUAGGUACUUUUGUUUUUUAAAAGCACUGUUUCGAGUAGUCUCCCCUUUAUGAAACUUGUUUCAUUCAUUUCAAACUCUGUUUCGAACAGUCUCCCUUCUAAUAAACCGUGAUCUAUUAAUUUUAAAAAUCAGUUUCGAACAGUCUCUCGUUUAAAAACCGUGAUCCAUUAAUUAAAAAAAAAAUGUUACAAAAGUAACAUUUUCAAAAGUAACAUUUUCAAAAAAAAACCUUUAAAAAAAAGCAUCCAUUUCUCACAUGUUUUCACUUAAUACUUAAUUUUUAUAAACCUUUUUAGAAAACUUUAAAAUGACUUCAGUUUAUACUGGGUAUAAUUCAUGUGCAUGGAAUCUAAUACGGCACCAAUUUUCUUUUUUUGUUUAAAAGUAAAUAGAAAAAAAAAAUCAGUUACUGUUUUUAAACUAUAUAAUAUAAUGUUGUUUUCCUUGCGCAGUAAAGACCAAUGAGGAGAUGAUCUACAGAUCUUGUAGCAUGUCUUCCUUAGACAACACCUGUGGUCUCUUCCAAUUUGAGAAUGCCCGAUACUCUGGGUGCAUGAUGUCCUGCACGAGGGAUGCCUGCAACGGUGGGGUGCUGCUCGCAAGUCACAUACCCUGGUCAAACAUUGGCUUAGGUGUCGUCUCUGUUGGCCUUGCGCUAUCAGAUUACAUGAAACAGAUUUUGUGACAUCAUUAAGGUCUCCUUUGUCGUAGCAUCCCCAAUUUUUUUUCACAGCAUUCCUCCGAUGUAGGUACUCAAAAAAGAUAUUUGUCCAAAAAUGAAAGUGAAAUUCAAAAACAUUGAAAAAAAAAAUUAACAUAAUUCAACCAAAUUCAACAAAAUGCAUUUGUUAGAUUAGGAAUUUGAAGCUUAAUUGGGUUUAAAUGUCACUUAAUAAUGUUUUAAAUCCGGCAUUAUGAUUAUAGGACUAAAUAAUAAGAAAUGUUAAAAUAUAGAUAAUCAAAAAAUUUGAUUAUACUUAAUCUGGGGAAUUUAAUGAAAGCUUUUAACAAAUUUUUAAGCUUUUUAAGUAUCAAUAAUUGUUUAUUAAAAAGAUUGGGAAAGUUGAAAAAUGGAUUACAAGAAUUUCAUGGUAAAAUGUUUCCUUUUUUUUCCAAAACACACACACACACACACACACACACACUCUCUCUCUCUCUCUCUCUCUCUUUCUCACACACAGACAUAGAUAAUUGUAGAUUUAAAUCGCUAUAGCUUGUAAUAUCUCUUGAAACUUUUGAAAUCUUUAUCUGAAUGAAAUUGAAAAGUAAUUUAAAAAAAAAAAAUAUUGUGCAACUGUCUUGCAACCCAAGUUUAAGGAAAUACUUGAGCAAAGUUAUUUGUACGCUUAAAAUAUAAAGACAGAACAAUAACUGUGAAAUAUUUAUUUUUUUAAUCACAGGUGUAGAUUAUAAUACCUUUUAGUGGAAAUGUGUGUGUUCCAGAGUACCUAAUGUGUGUGAUGGUUUCUCUGCAUCUGUUAGCUUUAUACAUGUACUCAGACUGGCCACACUGACACUGUCUCUGUUAGCUUUAUACUCAUACUGACCACAUAAACAAAGUGUUCACAUAAAUGAUUAUUUGAAAUUGAAACAAAUAGCAAUGGGGAUAAUUUCAAAGGUAAUAUUGCCUUGGGUUUUUUAAUGUUAUAGUUAUAUCUCUGACCUGAACUUUCCUAAAUUUGCAACAUUCCCAGAUAGAUGGUGUUCAAACAUGCACAUACAUCUGUGAUUGACAUAAAAAUGCUACUCGCUACUGGAACUGUUUUCUUUUUAAAACAAACAUUACUUUAAAAGACAUCACUGACACAGGAAAUGGAAUUUUAUAAUUUAUUGGAAUAAUUUUAAAUAACUGGAAAAUUCACCUUGGUUCCCAUAAUUUUACUAACUUUUUUAAAAAUAUAUUUUUUGCAAUAAUUUGAAUUCACAAUCCUUGUGGUUUGAAAGUUGACUAUUAUGUAUUCUCCAUACUUUUUGCCCAAACAAGUAUUUGUCGUGUUUCCACUUUGAUGCAUAUUUGAAAUAAUUAAAUUAAAAAGCAAUAUCUUGAUUUGAAUAAAUUUUCUCACCCAAAAUAAAUUUUAAAAAACUUAUAAAAAUGUAUUAAAAGAAUUUAUAGAAAAUUAAUAAAACCGAGGUUCCUAAAAUUUAUCUUUUACUCAUUGUCAAUAAGUCAGUGAAAGUCAAAUAGCAGCUUUCCUUUUUUUGGUUCUUAAAAAAAUAAAAAAAGACAAGAAGAUAGUAAAAAAAAUUUCAUAUUUUCUUGUCAUUCUGUUUUUCUAGUGGUAAAAUGAUUCCAUGCAAAUAUUUUUCAUAUGUUAUAUUUUAGAUGCUAUAAACUAUAAAAUAGACCACCAAUACACCCCGGCAAGAUUUUUAAACACUCCUUGUACCCUUUCAUGUUCUCAAUGUAUUGUUUUCUUACCCUCUCCCUGCGACCCAACCACUGUCUAUUCUCAAAUCUCCAGUCAUCUCUACUUAUAGCUGUCCCAUUUCAAAAGUUGUUAUUUUGCCCAUGUCUGUGUGUUUAAAAUUAUCAAUGGGCAAUAAUAAUGUGGCUUAUUAUUAUUAUAGAUCAAAUAAAUGUUUAUUUUGCCAACAAAAUAAACUUAUAAAUUGGUCAUUAGUUAAUAGUCUUAUUAUCAUAAUUAUAAUAAAUGCUUCUCAAAAAUAUUUGUCAUUCUGUUGAUUGUAGGGUUUAAAAAAACAACAACUUUUAUAUAAAAAAAAUUGUUUAUAUAUUUUUUAGUUUUACAUGUUCAUGGUGUAUAUAGACUAAAGACAAAAUGUGUAUAUUUCCAGAUCAUGAAGUAAGUUGUGGUUAACUUUGUACAAAAAAAUCUUAACCCAUAACUUUAUUUGAAUAAAAUCAUAAAUAAUUUAAUUUAACAAACAAUUGCUCACAAAAAAAUUAUUAAAAUGAUUGGACAAAAAAGAAUUUUGGGAAAAGAAAAUGUCCCUUUCUAUCAUUUAAAUUAAAUUGUUAAUAAAUUCAACUGUUUUAAAUCAUCAAUGCUUUUUAAUCUUCUCUUUGAUUCAUUCAUUUCUAUGUUGCCAAAAUUUAGUCACAGGAAACCAAAUUUUAAAAUGUAAAAAAAAUAAAAAUAAAUAAAAUAAGAAGUAUUUCAGUUUCUUUAUCCUCUAAACUCUGAACCAAACUUUUCCUAACCUUAGGAAAUGAGAGAUGUGAUAGUCUGCCCCAUCCAGCCAAGUACGGAUCCGAGGCAAAGUCAAAAUAUUAGUUUUUAAAAAAAAUCAUAAUUCCUCAUUUAGGAUCUAUAUUUUAUCAAUCUAGGUGGUUUCUAUAUAAAAUUGAAACCAAAAUAAUCAUAAAUAAAACUAAAGAGUUCUAAUGAAUUAUGUGCACAUAGAAUUCAAUUAUCUUCCUUAAUGGCAAAAGGAUGUCACCCACUUAUUCUGAGAUUUUGAUGAUAAAAAUGAAAUGUUUGCACUUCCACAUUUUUGUUUUUAAAAUUACAAGUAUUUGUAAUAAAACCAAACAAGUACUCAUAAAGAUAUCAAACAAAUAUUUGUAAUGAUAUCAAACAAGUGUUUGUAUUGAUACUGAACAAGUAUUUGUAAUGAUAUCAAACAAGUAUUUGUAAUGAUAUCAAAAACAUAUUUGUAAUGAAAAUCUAGCUCAUGAAGUUAAUUUUGAAAACUUUUAUAAUAACAAAGAAUAAAUCUGUUUGUUUUUGUUUACAAAUUAGUUUAACUUACC